AUGUGGCGAGUCACACUUUUUCUCUUGAAUCAUGGAUCUUUCUGGCAAUGGGGAGUUUGCUGUUUAUCUGUAACAAAGGGGCAUGGUCUCUUUCGUAUCUUACCUGACUAUUCGUUCUACAAUUCACACAUUCAUCUUGGCAAACCAGCCCUUUGGUUCAAAAAGAUUUUCCAUCCAGCUAUAAAUUCUUUGAGUGAGAGUUGCAAAACCCUAGGUGUAAUCUCUCACACUUCCUACACACGGCUCAAAGGGCUACUGUUGUCUGACUCGAAAGACACCAUGUACUAUAGUCAGCACGACCCUAGUGGUGUCGUCGAUAACGGCAGGAUGUUUCGUGUUCUAACUCUUUUAGCUGGUAGGCGAGGUUCCAUGAGCCUUAGUGAUGAGACAAGGAAAGUAUGUUAA